ACAUUUGCAAAAUGAGCCAUGUUCAGUUGUAAUUUAUACAGUAUAGUAGACGGGUAGAGGAUUUGACUACUAUCUCAAAUACCUUCUCUACUUCUUCUACAAUAAAUACCUCUGGUAUCACUCCCAUUGGCAGUUGACUGUGUCACCCUACAGCAGAAGAUGGCCUGCCUUAGAUGCUGGGUGGAAUAUGAAACAGCCAAAACAAUUGUGAUUAGGAACAAAGUAGUGGGAUCUGUCUUCAGAUUAAUUCAGUUUCUUAUCAUCUUAUAUGUGAUUGGUUACGUCUGUGUGGUGCAAAAGUCGUACCAGGUGAAUGAUUCAGUUAUCAGUACUGUCACCACCAAGGUGAAGGGCACUGGUUUCACCAACAUUUCUGGUUUGGGUGCCCAUGUGUGGGACGUGGCUGACUACAACAUCCCCCCUGAGGGUGAGAGUUCCUUUUUUGUCUUGACCAACAUGAUUAUCACCCCCAAUCAAAUGCAAUCAUCCUGCCCAGAGCUCCCAAACCAGUCCACCAUUUGCAUGUCAGACUGUGACUGCACGGAGGGAUCUAGUGAUGUGCGUGGUAACGGUAUCCAGACAGGACUAUGUGUCAACUAUUCAGAGACAGUGAAGACCUGUGAGGUGCUUUCUUGGUGUCCUCUAGAAAUAGACACUGACCUACCAGAAAAUCCUCUACUGGCUGGAGCAGAGAACUUCACUGUGUUAAUCAAAAACACUGUGACAUACCCAAAAUUCAACUUUCACAAAAGAAAUAUUUUGCCAGAUGUUAACUCCUCAUAUCUGAAGCAAUGUGAAUUCAACCGCAUAACUGAUCCGCAUUGUCCCAUAUUCCGCCUCAAAGACAUGGUUGCUGAAGCUGAGGAGGACUUUCAGACCAUGGCUACAAGGGGAGGUGUUCUUGGGAUUCUAAUUGACUGGAGCUGUGACCUGGACUUCCCAGAACAUUAUUGUGGUCCUAAGUACUCUUUCCGCAGAAUGGACAACAAAAACCCUGAGAACAACGUGGCCCCUGGAUACAAUUUUAGGUUUGCAAAGUAUUAUAAAACCACUGAUGAUGUGGAAACAAGAACCUUGAUCAAAGCAUAUGGGAUCCGAUUUGAUGUCAUUGUUUUUGGAACGGCAGGUAAAUUCAAUAUUGUUCCAACCAUAGUGAAUGUGGGUGCAGCGCUUACAUUCCUUAGCUUGGUUAAUGCGGUUUGUGACUGGUUUCUUCUGACAUGCACAAAGAGAAAGGAGCUCUACCAGAAACACAAAUUUGAAUAUUUGGAUGAGUCUAAUCUGAAUGAUGGUGAAUCCCUGGAAGAAACCACUUAUGGGACCCAGUAGAUCAUGCGUAUGGAAGAAGUGUUCAGUUCACAUUGUGGGAGAAUUUUUAACCCAACCUCUUUGUGUCCAGCUUUCUACCCACCUCCACCCUCUUCCACUGCAUGUAUUUAUAUUUCUAACACAGCUUAUCAAGCAACCUUUAAUGUCAUAACCAGAAAAUAAACAUCAUUGAAAAUAAUUCUUUUUUUACCAAUGCCCCCAUUUUUCUCCCAAUCUCACGUUUAAGCCCUUGUGCCAUCGCUAAAACAGCCCCUGGGAGAGUCGAGAUCACCACAGGCUUCCUCUGAUCAGCCAGUCUGCUUCUUUUACACCCCCUACCUUAACCAAGAAUUCAAUGUGAGUCUACACGUCAGAGGAAACUCUCGCUUACAUUGUCUUCCAGCAAUGUCUUCCAGCAAAGUCUUCCAGCAAUGUUCCAGAAACAUUGCUGGAACGCGGAGGCACAAGGAUAUCCCCUAUGCCGAUUAUAUCCCCCUCUACCCGGACAACAACAGCCCAAUAUGCGCCACCCUACCAGCACCCCCAGCCACAACUGGCAAUGGCAUGACCGGGGCUCAAACCCAUAGCAAUGCAGUUGCACUUGCAAGGCAAGUGCAGGGACUAUUGCGACACUUGGGAGGCCAGAUCUCUAUUA